AUGUCGACCAAUACGGAAGCCGAUGCUAUGAAAGUUAGCCAGCGAAAGCGGAGAGUUCAUAAAAAAUCACGGAAAGGAUGUCGAAAUUGUAAAUUAAGGAGAGUCAAGUGCGACGAGGCAAGACCUAGUUGCUUAAAGUGUAGCGAUUACGGAUAUGCAUGUAAUUAUGACCCAAGAAUUCCGGAUUUGGAGAUAGCCUGUUCUGGAACAUCUUCAACCAUAAGAAUACCACAAAAACUUAGAGAAUCCUCCUGGCCUAUCACUCGCACUUCAAGUUCAGGGAAACCCAACAUCCCUACCACUUUAGAACCGUCUUUUUCUAUCGGCGAGGGCGUCUCGUUUUUUGAGUUGGAUAGACAGAGCCUCUAUCGAUUAGACCGCUUUCGACGUCGAACUGUCGGUUCAUUGGGGACACCAACUGGUGCCGGGGUGUUUGAAGAAUUUGCCAUCCCAAUGGCCUGCAAUUAUCCAUUCCUUAUGCAUACCCUUCAAUCUCUAACUGCCUGCCACGAUCGAUACCUUACUAUCCAGGAAGCAGGAUCAUCGCAGCGCACAUCAGCAGAAAUAUAUCACCUAGCUCGUGCCGCAUCUCUCUUUAAUCAGAAACUCUGCGGGCCCAUUGCAUACAGCGACAAGGAUGCUUUAUGGGCCACGGCGGCACUUCUUGGCAUCGUAGCUUUGUCAUCGAUCGAAGCUUCCUCGCCCUAUGAAGCAUGGCCACUUACUCCAUAUGCAGACAAUGACCUCGACUGGCUGCGUAUGAGCGAGUGUAAGACCGUUAUUUUUGAGCUCACAGAUCCGACGCGCGAAGAUAGCAUUUUUCAUGUCAUGUCUGUCGAGUAUGACAUGGUUCACUACAGAAGUGAUGAGAAACUUAAUCUUUCAUCCUUCCCCUCUCACUUUGUCGAACUCUUCGAUUUAGACGAGAAUUCUACCUCCAUGAACAAUGCAUAUUACUUGGCGAUUGUAUCUCUUGAGCGGAUUAUGAAAAUUGAGUGCAAUCGAUCAGCCCUAUUAUCUUUCUUCGGAUUCUUGACCACCAUGUCGGCACAAUUUAAAAUUCUCUUGAAAGCGAGAGAUCCUAGAGCCCUGAUUCUACUGGCACAUUGGUAUUUAAAAAUCCAGAAACUGGUCUGGUGGGUUGAACGCAGAGCGACUUUGGAGUGUCAGGCGAUAUGUAUAUAUCUGGAGAGACACAAUGGGGAGUACUUUGUCAUUCGACCAUUGGGUAGAAAGUAUUGA